AUGGAGAUUUAUCCUCAUUGUUUGGUUUCUCUUCUUUCAAUCAUCCUCUUGUCUGGAUUCACCUCGUCUCUCCACAUCUCUCUUGAUGAAUUUGAGUCCAACCCAGCCACAAGCCGAGCUCUUCUUCAGGCAAAAACACCAUGCAAAGAGGAUUUUGCGAGCAAGAAUUACACAAUCAUAACGAGCAAAUGCAAAGGCCCAAAUUAUCCGGCCAAGGCAUGUUGCUCCGCCUUCAAGGACUUUGCAUGCCCAUUCGCGGAAGCUCUUAACGACGAGAAGGCUGAUUGUGCCUCCACAAUGUUCAGCUACAUCAAUAUCUAUGGUCGUUAUCCUCCGGGUAUAUUCGCAAACAUGUGCAAAGAAGGCAAAGAAGGGCUUGAUUGCACCAACGUCAUGACCGCCACAUCAUCUUCUCAUGUAUCGAUCCCUCUUGUCUCCACACACGCAUUGCUUUUCACCGUUCUCUUGUUUUGCCUCUUUUAA